AACCAAUCAAACUUCCAACAAAGGUGUUACACACCAUAUCUGGAACUCUCUCGCACAAAGAACCGUAAACCCUUUCUUUAGUUUUUCCACCGAACCUCAACCCAUGGCCGCCGCAGCGCCGCCUCCGGCCCCAACUCCGGCUCCGGAGCCCGUCACAUCGUUACCGGAAACCACCCCUCUCUUCACGCGCAUCCGCCUGGCCACCCCCUCCGACGUUCCACAAAUCCACAAACUGAUCCACCAGAUGGCCGUCUUUGAACGCCUGACUCACCUCUUCUCCGCCACAGAGUCCUCCCUCGCAGCUACCCUUUUCUCCCCAACCACCCAGCCCUUCCACUCCUUCACCAUCUUCCUUCUAGAAGCUUCUCCCAAACCCUUCGCCGUUUCAAACGUGGACUCGAACCCGUUCUUCACACCCCUGACGAAGUUCGUGAAUCUGAGUAUCCCCAUUGAGGACCCCGAGCGAGAGACGUUCAAGACGACGGAUGAUGUGACGGUUGUGGGGUUUGUGUUAUUUUUCCCGAACUACUCAACCUUUCUUGGGAAGCCAGGGUUUUACGUGGAGGAUUUGUUCGUGAGGGAGUGUUACAGGAGAAAGGGGUUUGGGAGAAUGCUUCUGUCGGCGGUGGCGACACAGGCGGUGAAGAUGGGAUACGGGAGGGUGGAGUGGGUGGUGCUCGAUUGGAAUGUGAAUGCCAUUAAGUUUUAUGAAGAGAUGGGUGCCGAUCUCUUGAACGAGUGGAGGAUUUGCAGGUUAACUGGGGAGGCUCUUCAGGCUUAUGGAGGUGCCCAUUAGAAAUCUUUCUUUCUUUCUUUCUUUUCUUUAAUAAUCACAAUAUAGGUUUUAGGGAAGGUUUUACUGCCUUAGGAACGACUGUUGUCUUUUUUCAGAUCGUGAUCGUGUUACUUUGAGUUGUUAUGUUGUGAUGAAAGUGUUUGAUCAUGUUUUAGAAGCUCGUGAUCUUGUUCUUGGAAGGGAAAGAGUUAUGGGUUUGUCCACUGUUGAAUUUCUCUUUUGUUCUUCUAACAGACAAUGUUAAUAACAUGUUGUACAUUAAUCACC